AAACUUACAAGUAUCCUCGUGUCAUUUUCUUAAGCUUUUCUUCCUUAUCAAAUAGACCGAACUCAUAUUCAUCCCUUUCAAAUAGACCUGAACUCAACCUUAUCUUUUCCUUGUGUUCUAUUUUCUUUAGCAGCACCAAAAGUUUAAGACGAGAAAAAAAAUGGUUCAACAGAUUAUUGAGUUGAUAGAGGAGGAGCUGCCAGUGCUCCAAAUGUCUUUGGUACUCACAGGGGAUGUGAAGGCCGGCCUUGUCCUUGUUGACAUUGUUAAUGGCUUCUGUACUGUCAGUGCUGGAAAUUUGGCACCAAGACAGCAUGAUAAGCAAAUCUCUGAAAUGGUGGACGAGUCAGUGAGACUUGCAAGAGCUUUCUGUGACAGAAAAUGGCCUGUCUUUGCUAGUCUUGAUUCUCAUCACCUAGACAUUCAUGAGCCUCCUCAUCCUCCUCAUCGCAUUGCUAGAACUGACGAAGCAAAGCUAGUCCCAGCCCUACAAUGGUUGGAGAAUGAAACUAAUGUGACACUUAAGCGUAAAGAUUGCAUCGACGGGUUUCUUGGUUCCAUUGAGAAAGAUGGCUCUAAUGUUUUUAUCAAUUGGGUGCAAAGUAAUCAGAUCAAAGCUAUAUUGUUUGUAGGGAUAUGCACAGAUAUAUGUGUCCUAGAUUUUGUGUGUACCACUUUGUUUGCAAGAAAUCGAGGUUUUCUUGUGCCUCUGGAGGAUGUGAUUGUGUAUUCCCAGGGUUGCGCCACUUUUGAUAUUCCUGCCAACACUUACAAAGAUGUUGUAGCUCAUCCCCAGGAAUUUUGUCAUUAUAUAGGCCUUUACAUAGCCGAAGGAAGAGGAGCAAAGGUAGUAUCCGAAGUUGCGUUCGAUGCAAAAGAUUUGGGCAACGUAUCCCAAAUAUAG